AGCACGCAGCAACCUUGGACAGGGCAACAGCUGCGGGCCAGGCGAAGGCUGUCAUGGCCCUCACUGAGGGCACGGCCAGCACAAACAGCCACAGAAGGACACCAAGGACUCGGGCCAUCUCAAAGAUGAACAGCACGCCCACUUGGACUGGGAUUCCUGCUCCCAUUCUGGAUAUUUUUUCAUCUCAGCAGCAGGUGGCAGCCAGGGUGGGGGACAUUCACCAGAGACUCGUGUCCCGUGUCACUGCGGACACGGGGCUGGAAACAGACUUUCUGAGCCUGGCUGAAGAGCACCCUGCUAAUGUGGUGAUGAGCCUCCUGCGCUGUGCCCCAUCCUGUGACAGGGCUGCUGUACUGAUGUGGAGAAGCAUCGGCACGUCAAGACCCGCAGUGCAGAAGGUGCUUCCAGCAUUGUUCUCUGUGAUAGAGGACAGGCCACUGUACAGCAUGUUCUUCUACAGUGGGGAUAAUGAGGCCGUCUUUGCCCUGGCUGCAACUGUGGUGCUGUGGAAGAUUGCCCACAUGCCCGAGUGGCAAGACGCAGUAGUCCUUCAUUCGGCCCAGCUGUUUGUGGCUCUGCUCUUCCAAGUUUUCGCCACCACAGAGCAGAUACCAGAAGAGGUUGAGAACUUCUGGAGAGCGUGCCAGGAGGAACACCGCCUUCCCACCAAGCCUAACAGGUUUGCAGUGCAGGCCGUGAAGGCUCUGCUCUGCCAACUGGGCUUUGAGAACAAGCUGGUGGCUCUGGAGUGCAAGCAGGUCUGGGACACCCUGCUCUGUGCCGACACCCAGCAUUAUGCAGUCGGUCUGCUGGCCAGGGAGAUGCGCCGUGGCUUGGCCCCCUUGUGUUCCCGCAUCGCCUUGCACCUGCUCAGCCUGCUCAUCGGGAAGCAGCCACGCUGGCAUCUGCCUGCCCUGGCGUUCUUUGUGGAGCUCCUGGAGUGUCUGGACUUGAGCAAACACGGUCACAGUGCCCUGUUGGUCGUAUCCAGGCACCUGCCCAGCGAGUGCAGGGACAGGCUGCGCCUGGAGCUCAGAGGCCUCGUGGUGCUCAGCAAGGAGCCCUCGCUGAGUGGAGGAAUACGUGGCCUGUAUCAACACCUGCUGGAGCAGCUGGCUGAUCCCGAUGCAGAGAUGGUCGGGAUGAUCCUCUCCGUGCUUACAUAUAUGCUCCAGGAGAAAGACCUCAAGAUACCCGGCAUCACCGCCCUGAAGCUGGCUGAACCACUCCUGCCACACUUUGAGAAUGACAGCAGCCAUGUGCAGCUGCUCUCCAUUCAGCUCUUCAGCAAGGUGAUGGAGCUGGUAGUGGAAGAGGGCAAAAAGCCUUUGACAAGAAUUGUGAGCCGCAGCCUGCUUCCUCUCUUCUUGCGCUGGCAUGAUGAGAACCGGCGUGUGGCCAAGGCCUCUUUGAAAACACUGCUUUGUGCGGCCCGGUUCCUGAGGAGGAGGGACAUGGAGGAGCUGCUGAGGAAGGAGCAGCGGAUGAAGUUUGCCGAGCACCUGCCCUUCAAGCUCUGAGCGAAUACGAGUGCCCCUCCUUUAUAAAGCAAUUUGUCCAGCUGACAUUCGACGCAAGAUCUGCCGAACUGCGCCUGCAGGAUGGGAAGAAUCAGUGUCCUUUGGCCACCCCCACUUCCCACUGAAGAUGGAACCACCUGCAGAGCAGAGGGGACCAGCUGCAGCUGCAGGCCCAGCAGCUCUUGCUGGUCACAGCUGAUCCUGUGGCAAGCUUCAGGAGCUCCUGCCUUCUCCCUCCCUGUUGGCAGCUCCCUCCCUCCAGCCCCCACACCCUGCCCAUCCACGUUUUUCCCUCCCAGUUCACCCCUUUGCUUUGCCUUCCCUUAAUAAACACUUUGGCUUUUUCACGUGACUCGUGGCUCUCUCUGUGGAGCUGAAGCAGCACAAAUCCUGAGCCCGGGGACACGCAGGGCCCUGCUGCCGUUCUC